AGUUAUGGCGAUGUAUGCCUUUAUCCUACUUGUAUUUGUGCCGAUAUUUUUUGCGGUAAAGUACAUCUACAAGGUUCUAAAUCUGCCUGGUCAGAAAGUUCCAAGAAUACCCGACGAAACCAAGCAUAUCAUAACGCUUCCAGCUACAAUUCUCGUCGAAAAACUUCGAAAUGAUGAAUUGAGGAGUGAGGAUAUUGUUCAGGCGUACAUUGCUCGCAUUAAAAAAGUGAAUGCUCUUAUAAAUGCGGUUGUACAGGAACGAUUCGAUGCCGCUUUGGAUGAAGCCCGUGAGAUUGACAAGAACCUCGAAACUCUAUCUCAUAAGGAAAAAGAAACCCUUUUUAGUACCAAGGUUUUGUAUGGAGUACCAUUUACUUGCAAAGAGGCAUUUGGUUUUAAAGGUCUUCCACAAACAGGUGGCUUGGUGAGGAGAAAGGGUACCACUGCAAGCAAAAAUGCAGUAGUUGUGCAAAAAAUGUUAGAUGCUGGUGCAAUAUUGCUGGCAGUAACAAAUGUGAGUGAAUUAUGUAUGUGGUGGGAGUCAACAAACUGUGUGUAUGGGAGGUCAAGAAAUCCUUAUAAUACAGAGUAUAUUGUUGGAGGCAGUUCUGGUGGGGAAGCUGCCAUAAUUGCUGCAGCUGGUUCUGUUUUUGGCAUUGGCUCAGAUAUUGGAGGAAGUAUAAGGAUGCCUGCCUUCUUCAAUGGAGUAUUUGGACACAAACCCAGCCCGGGAAUGGUGUCAAAUUUAGGGCAAUUUCCAAUUAAAACUACUGAGGCUGCUGAACUUAUGUUGGCUACUGGACCAAUAUGCAGAUACUCUGUGGACCUAGCACUCAUGUUAAAGGUAAUUUCAUCCAACACUGACUUUCAAAUAUGUCUAAAUAAAGAUGUUAAGAUAUCCAAACUGAAAUUCUAUAGCUGUAUUGGUAACUGUGGCUUACUAGCUGAAAAUGUUUGUUCAGAAUUACUCAAUGCCCAGGAAAGUGUUUGUAAGUUCUUGACAAAAACGAUUGGAGCACCAGUCACUAGGCUUGAAUUACCUCUUUUGAAACAUGCAGUUUUUAUGUGGUUGACAAGAAUGUCUUUGCUGGGUGGACCAACGUUUGGGGAAUUACUCUUUGAUCAGCCAAACAGUUCAACUGGGAUGUUAGCAUUUUGGGAGUUUCUGAGAUGGUGUCUGGGUCAGUCAGACCACACUUUUCCAGCUAUACGCUUAGCAGCUGUUGAAUCCUUUAAAAAUGUUCUACCAAAAAGCUUAGAAGAAAAUGCACUAAAAAAUAAUGAAAAACUUCGUGAAGAAAUCGAACAAGUUCUUGGUGAAGAUGGGGUCUUAUUGUUUCCAUCUCACCCAACUACAGUGCUACGUCAUAAUAUGCCUAUAUUCAAACUGAAUAGUUUCAUAUAUACUGGCAUCUUCAAUACUCUUCAUUUACCAGUGACACAAGUACCGUUGGGUCUUGACUCAAAUGGUUUGCCAUUGGGAAUUCAGGUUGUAGCUGGUAGGAAUAAUGACCACUUAACCCUUGCAGUUGCUAAGGUGCUAGAAAAGGGAUUUGGUGGCUGGGUGCAACCAUAAAUAUAGAAAAUGGGUACCACAU